UUAACCGUUUUCUCCACAUUUAAAUUAAUUGUGAUUCAUUGAUUUCGUGACUAAUUCAAUUUAAAGUCUAAUUAUCUCGCUGUUAAUUAAUUGUUUAGUUUCAAAGGUUAAAACUACUUCUGAUCUUAUCUUUUCUCGACAAACAAUGAGUAUUAAUUGUUUACCUCCUGAAUGUUUACUGGUCAUCUUCAAUUUCCUUGACCAAUUGGAUGAUCUGAGACAUUGUGCUUCUGUUUGCUCCAAGUGGAAAUUAUUGAUUUUAGAUCGAUGUUCCAAAGUUGAAUAUUUACUCGAAAAUCCAUUUACCGAUUCACCAGAUAAUAUUGUUUACAUUGGUCCUUCACCUAAAUUGGAAAAUCUAGAAUUAGCUCAACUCUUUCCUAGACUAAAGAUUUUGGAUACUUCUUAUACUGGAUUAGCUAACUGGGAAAAUGCAACCAAAAGAGUCAAAUCAAUUAAAGGGCUAAUUAACCACACCUUAGAUAAAAAUCAAUCACCAAUAUACUUUCUCAACGAUCUUGAAAUGGUAUCAACGGAACUUGUUGAUUUUUUCGUUGUAAAUCAACAUAUAACUAGGCAACUAAAACAAGUUUUCAUUCAGAAUGUUAAUUUAGUUAAAAUGAAUGGGGUGACGUCUAAGUUUUAUAACCUUCGUAGACUUCAUAUUGUAGACAAAUUCCCAAUUUACGAUUGUGAUUUCCCGUUAUAUGACCUUCUCUUUUCAGGUUUCCAGAAGCUCUAUAAAGGAUCCAAGUUACAUAAGCUCAAAAUAUUGGAAUUUGAUUUCGAGUCCAUGGCCGGAGUUCUUGUUUACCCCGGAUUUUGUUUCAUUGAUUUCUGCCCAAAUCUGGAAAGUGCCUUUUUCCAUGUUGAAUCAACUUACUGCCAAUUCAAUACAGCAAUUAAAAUUAAUUGUUUGAGAGAUCUUGUCAUAGAAUAUCAAAAUGAUAAUCCAAGGGAGUGGUCACCUUUCUUUAGAUCAGGAGGAAAUGCUCAGAAAUGGGAAACAUUGAAAUGUGUCCUGUCUAAAUUUCCUAAUUUAAAACAUCUCGCUUUAAGGAAUAAUCUGAAAAUCCGUGAUGAAGAUAUUGAAGAACUACUGGAAUUGCUACCUAAUUUGGUUCUACUGGAUGAGAGGAUCAAUUGAAAUUACCCACAAAUCUC